AUUCAAUUUUAAAAAUAUUAAUUAAAUUUCUAAGUUUCGCGCUAGUCUAGAGUACCACCUUUUUCGUAGCAGAUAGAAAAUACACACCAUAAAAGAACAUAUAAAUAACCAAACCUUUUUAUAGUGUUGUUCUGUGAAUUAUAAAUAUUUACAAAUUAAACCUCAGAUAUGUGUCAAAUAAAUUGUAUGGAAACCAAAAACAAAUAAAACUAAUAUCUCUUGGACUCUUGGAAAAAAUGUGAAAAUGAGGAUGAAUCAUCAAUAUCAAUCAUCUAUUUAUCACUCAGAUGCUGUUUAUAUCCGCUUCUCAGUCAUUAUGUUUAUUGUUAUUGUACCAUCUGCACUGCAUUGUCUACGCAUGAUCGACUGACCUAUUAAAAGUUAUUUGUUUUUUAUAGUGUAUAAAUAUGUAAUUUGCUGUGAUAUCAAGUGAAACCAACACAAUUGUUGCAUCUUAAUUGUGAUAUGUAAAUAUACUGAAACAAAUGUGAUUUUACAGAAUGGAAGAAAUCUCAAAGCUUAUAGAAAAAAUAACAAGACAAGACAGUACUAACCAAAACAAACAUAUCAACCUGUUGUACAAAAAGAUCAGCGAAUUUAAACCCCAAGAUAAACAUGACACUGGCUGCUUGUUCGAGUACAUCUUACCAAAAAUAUACGACCUCUUCCAAAGGGACAUAGUCAAAAGAGAUGUUCUAUAUCUAUCUCUAAUAGGAGCCCAUAAUGUUGACGUCCUGCAAAUAUUUCUUAAGUAUCAUGAAGCCACCUUGAACGCCAGUCUAGAAAAUGCGACACGAUUGUACGAUUACUGUGUUUGUAAGAAGAAGCAUUGGUUUAAUGAGAUUCUAACGACAGAUAACUUAUUUAUUACAAAUCAGAAAAUACUGAACAAAAUCUUAACCCUGCAGCUAAUAGGUAUUACCAAUUCUAGUAAAUUUGAUACUCAACAUGUUAAACGGCUGCUGGAGAAUAUCGACCAAGGGGAUAUUCAGCCAUUUUGGAAAAAGUAUUUUGUCGUUACUGAGUAUUUCCUCAACAUCAUGGAUUAUGUAAAAAGCAACAUAAGUUCCCUGAAUGCACACGAUGUCUUUUGUCACAUCAAUGAAAAUGCUGCCCUCGAAACGUUUUCAAAUUAUCUACCACUUAAAAGUUCAAGUCUUGAACAAGCUCUUCAACUAGUCGUUCAGGAAGAAAAUAUUUUCGAAAUAAAGAAUCACCAUUCUACACAAUUUGAGGCCUUCAUAAUUUUAAGAAACUUAUUUAACUGCAUUACAAGAAUACCGAAUAUUAACAUUACUGACGAAGUUAGCGAUAUCAAGGAACGGUUAUUGAAGAUUCCAGAUUUGUCUUUGCAGUUAGAACUAUUAGAAAACAUUUUUGUUACUAUCUUCUUGGAAAGAAGUCAUCUUUCCAACAAAGUUAAUGAAUCCAAAAUGGUUUGCGAAGAAAAAGAAGUUAGGCUUCUACUUUUUUUGGUAAAAGAAGUUCUAGAUGAGGUUAAGUUAAAUAAUACACCAGCAAAAGAGUCUGUCGAAUAUGCGAAGCUAUCUCAGUUGAAUAAGGUUGUCGCUGAUACGAUAUGGAGAAUGGAGCUUAUAGGCGACAUAAAGGGCAGUUCCAAAUGUGAGAAGAAUCUUUUGAAAUAUAUGCUUUCCUCACCUGAAUCUCUUAUACAGAUGUGUUUAGCUAGAAGUGACUUUGAGAGGGCAUUUCAAGUUAUUAAGAUAUUCUCAUUGGAAGAACCUUACUUAACAAGCGAGAUCAAGUUCAGUGAAAACUUAAUCUCCCUUAGAGACACAUUGAAGAAAACUAUCAAGAUCAAGGCAAUUCAGAAAGUAAAUCCGAAGAUAUCGAUAACAACAUUAAACGUAUGUGUAGAUAAAACAAUAGAAAUCUUUUUCAAGAAAAACUCAAUCGUAACCAAUCCCAAAAUCGAUACUACCAUCGAUAAGCUCUCACAGAAGUACAAAUUUUUCAAUCACUUUCAUUCAAAAAAUGAAAUGUUCAUGAAUAUCUUAGAUUUGGCGAUUACAGUCUCGCAAGAUAAUGAAAAUUCCGAAAUUAUCCUGCAGCUGGCGUGCGAAAACAAUUCCUUAGACGCAAAUAUUUGUUCGAAUUAUUCUAAAUUUUGUAAGAGGCUUGUAGAUCUAUACAAAGAAAUUGGAAAAGAGAAAAACCUCAGCCUUGGAGAGGUUAUAGUUUUACCUGAGUACCAUCUAGAUCUUAACGUUUAUACCAAAGAAGAAGAGUUUUUUGCUACAUUUGCUCAAGCCUUUAAUGACGCUAUGAGUGAUUUGACGCUCUCUGAACCCGGAUACUUGAACAUGAGACACCUUAGUCAUAGAACAGUCUUAAAACUAAAUAGUUUGUGUGUGGAUAACUCGUAUUCUCGAGUAAUGGAAAACAAGUAUAUUUUGAAGUUGUUCAACUACUUGAAAGCAUUCUCUCGAGUACUGUACAUCGAACAAAACACUUCUGAUAUAGUUUCAAGAGGAAAGAACAGCUCGUACUUCGAUUUACUAGUGUUCAACAGAUCUGAGUUAAUGGGAAAGCUUUUGUUCGAAAGAAAUUUGGAUCCAAGUGAAUUUGAAAAGUAUUUCGAGAAAUUAAAGCUAGAUUAUUUAUACCACGUAGUAGGCAACUGUUUUCCAACCAUCAAUCUUCACAUUGAAGAAAAUGUUGCAAAAGACGAAUUAUAUCCAGAAAACAAUCUAUAUGUUCCCAAUAAAAGUAUAAUAACUUAUAUUCAAAAAAGAAAUUGGCUGCUAGCUUAUAUUUUAAAUAAAAUGUAUAUGGUAGAGGGAGUUAGUAUCGACAUUAGCGAAAUUAGAGUUAGAGUGUUCAUGAACUACCUUGGGCUCAGAAAAGUGCAAGUUCUACAGCGAGUUUAUAACGAAAAUACUAUUAUUACUGCUUUGCAAAACGAAAUAAGUAUCCAGAAGGUUUCUGAUUAUAUCAACGAUCGGAUAUUGUUACACGAAAGAUCAAGUAAUCUACAUCUCAGUCACAAUUCGAGCGAUAGCUUAGAAGCUGCUGAAGAGCUCGGAGAAGAUACCUUGGGAUACAUCAAUUGGAAGAGCGUCUAUGAUCUGGUAGCUUGUAUUCCUGAAGACCAAUGCCGGAAGAACCGCGUCUGCUUAAGCAUGACUGAUAUGGUGUUGGUCAGUCUUAUUCAAGAUGGUGUAGAACCAGACUAUUACAGAUAUGUCCUCUUGAUAGGCAAUAGAGAUAUGCGGAUAAGUAUGAUUUUGGACCAUAUAAAGGAAUGGCCCGGUGAUUUUUGCUUGGAUUGUAUUAAGUCUGAAAUAACGAGAUUUGAUGGAAUGCAAGAUGGCAGGAUCGUAGAACUUAAAAUUUGGCUGCUACAUAUUACUUUAUGUGAAACGCUUAAAUAUAAAUUGGAUGUUACCUCAUGGUAUGCUGCAUAUAAGAUGUGUGAAAAUAACAAAGAAAAUGUAAUUGCGAAGCUUCUAGAGUUUGCUGAUAUAAAUCUUCUCUUAGAUUUUAUUGAUUUACACACACCAAACGAAGGACUGUUGGAGCUAGUCAACGAACACUACCUUGCUAAAAUCUUUGAACAGUCCACACCUUUUGAUCGCGUAAAGGUCUUACUGGACCUACUACCAUUCAAACACAGCGUAAGAAUGUGUUAUAAUGCAAUCAAAAUGCUUAGAGACUUGAAAUACCUGAACUUCAUCGUAGAAUAUCUGCUGAAUAACGUUAGCGAUGAGAGUUUAAGAAAUGUUCAAAUUAGUCUAAAGAUGCUGUCGAUAUUUUCUCCAUUUGAACAAGAUCAGUUGCUGUGUCUCCUCUACGAACCACUGAGUAUUAUAGAAAUUUUGAUUAUGAAUACCAAAUUGGACAAAUUAGCUUCAGUUUUGAACAUAGUUAAGUUAGAAAUAUCUCAAAGCGAGUUUGACACAGCAGUUAUAUCUAUCAAAGAAAUAGACGAGUUAUUACGAACUUAUGGAGAAAAAACUCUUGACUUCCGAAUAAUUACUCAGCCAAACCCUCGACUGUUACGAACACCUGAAUUUAAGCUCAUGCAGUCGUUAGAUUCGUUGAAUUUGGGGCCCUACAAUAAAAAUUUCGUAAUGCCCGAUGAAGUUCCCAUCAAAGAUGAUUGGAUACCUAAUAAUGAAGUUCUGGAGUGUAUGUGUUGUCAGAAGAUCGUGUUUUCCAUGUUCAAUCGAAGACAUCACUGUAGGAGAUGUGGUAGAGUUAUUUGCUAUAACUGCUCGUUGCAUAGAAUGUUGGUUCCAACCUAUGAUGACAUUUUAGUCCGCGUUUGUUUGGACUGUUACAGACAAACUGUAGGAGAGAGCGAAACAUCAGAACUAAAUGAUUCACUUUCACUCAAAUCGGCAGUAUAUGAUUUUUGGAUUUUAACAGAUGACGAUGCACAUAACACAAUAGUCAGAGAAGAAUUUUCUUACGAACACGCUCCUAACGUGUCACUGUGCUUGUCCCUUAUGAAAUACCAUUCGAAGACAACCGAAUACCCUAAGUUCCUAUUAGAUCAAUGUAGCAUAAUGUUAAAAUUACUUCAACCAAGUCAAGAACCUAUCCAAGAAAUCGACUAUCUUCUGGUUAUAAAAAUGAUAAAGUCAUUAGCAAUGGCAGCAAAAAUGUCUUCUAUCGAGUGUACCUUACAUUAUGGCACAUCGUUAGCUGAUCGGAUUUUGUCCCAAGCUGAUCUGCUAAGUUUGUUAGCCGAAAGGGGUUGUUUAAGCUUACUUCCCAUAUCAAAUACUUACUCUCAAGGACCUUAUAUAGAUGCUUCUAUAUUGAGACGGUUAAUAGACAGACUUUUGCAAAGAGAGCAGUGGAAUUUGGCACUUGAAGUAUCAACUAAAGCUGGUAUAGAUAAUACAGGAGUAUUUGCGGUAUGGGGAAAGAGCUGUUUAAAAGCCGGAAGUCUACAACUCGCAAGGGAGAAAUUCCAACGUUACUUCGACAAAACCGGUCACUACAGUACAGAUAACCUUUCUGAAUACAGUUUUAGCAUGCAAAGUGAAAGUAUCAGCGAAAGUUUCUCGAGAUCGAGAAACGUUUCAAGAGCCUCCAAUCUGAGCCCACUACCGGAAUCAAAACCAAUCAAAAACCCAUCUCUCUUAAACGAAAUUAUACAUAUUUUAGAAGCUAACACGAUAAGUAUAGAUCCAGAAAUCGGAUCAAAAAAUGGAAGUUUAUCCGGUUCUAUGUCGUCUUUGAAUCAAAGUUUCAUACUUAUUCAAUCCGAGUCGGCAAUAUGUGUGUUAAACAAAUUGAAGAAUCUUAAAAACAUAGCAUCGAAGCAUUAUUACCAACCUGUGCAAGCGGAAUUGAAAUCUCAUUCUACAAAACCACCCAUUCACAACAUAUUCUAUGACGAAUGUGUCUAUUAUUUGAGGAGGUACGGUAGUCACUUGGGAUUGUUGGAUUUUUACAUUAAACAUGGCGAUAUUCAAGUAGCUUUAGAUUAUAUUAUUGAUAAUAAUUUAGGAACUGAAGUAUUUAUUGAAAUUUAUAUGAAAUGUCUUAAGGAUGGGAUAGUUGCAACUUUGCAAGAGAAGAUUUCGCUGAUAGACUCGACUCUUGACCUGUGGAAGGGAUAUCUCCGUCAUAUAUGUAGACAUUUAGAAAAACACAACAUGUUACAUUCUCUCUAUCAGCUACAACAAUUUAUGGGUGAUUCAAUAAGAGCAGCUAUGACGUGUAUUCGGUUUUAUCAAGAAAACGCUUUAAAUUUUACGGAUUUGGUAAAAAAUGUUUCCUUUUUACAUAAAGCGGAAGAACAUUUGAAACAUGGCGUCGAACAAGAACAAUGGGUUGAAGUUGCCACAGUUCCAAACCACAAUUCGUCUUCUCGAACUGGUUUUGAGGAAAAGGGUAUCAUCAAUCCUUCGAUAGUAAUGAAAAUUAGUACAAAAGAAAUAAAUAAACAUAUUAAAACCAUCGAAAGACAAAGCGAAAUCGCUGAAUUCUUGGGAAAAUGUGAAGAAUUGGGAAGGAAACCUUUGCAGAUUUUUGUAGAAAUGGAGAAACCGAUGGAAGAUAAUUCGAGUACAACUACUGACGAAAAACCAAAAAUACCUACUUUAUUUGGAUCUACACAAGAUAAAAUAUAUUUGGCUGUUUUGGCAAUAGUAAUCGGGAAAGAAGUUCAAGAUGGAUUUAACAUAGCUCUGAGGAUAAUUCAGGAUUUCUCUCUAAAGCAUGUUAAAAUCUUCUGUGAAGCUGGAAAACAAAUGGCCAAAGACGAGAGAUACAGCGGUAUUGCCGAGCUAGUGAAUUGUAUUAAACAGAGUUGUACCAAUGACGAAGCUGUUACUGAUAUGUGCGACGAAAUGCUCACCCUUGCCGUAGCUACAUUUACCAAAGCAAACGUUUCCGGAACCAAAGUUGAGGAUCUGAUUAAAUUAAUAGAUAAUAAGACUACAAAGAUUUCUGCCUAUAUCGAAGUUAAACAACUUAAAACGGCAUAUUUUCUUGCUGUCAAGUAUAAACGCAUGUCGGAUAUACGAAGAAUUCUCAGACAAGCAGAACUUUUGAACCAACCAAGUAUUAAAGCUCUUUGCCAAAAGGUUUUGCAAAGUCAUCCUCAUACGCCGAUACAUUUUACCAAAGAAUAAGCUUUAUUUAUUUACUUUUGCGUAAUAUUAUUUAUAUAAUUUUCUAGAAUAAUAAACGUAUUUUUAUAAACUGUUACAGACUGAAAAAUUUAUAAUUUUGUGUAUAUUGUAAUAUAAAUUAAUACGAAAA